GCGAGACGCCGCCGCCAUGGCGGGCGGAGGCGCGGCCGGGCGGGCGGUGCAGAAUGAGCUAAAGGAAGCAAUUUCUGCUCAUGCAUCAAGCGAGCAAACAGAUGAAUACUCAGACGACUUUGAGAGUGAUGAAGAUGGCAUGUUAAAUGGUAAAACAGAAUUAAAUAUUUUUCCUUGUGUUCUUCCUCUUCUUAACUCAUUGCUAUAGCCCAGCCAAUCUUUGUGAGUCAAUAUGAUUUAGUGUUCCAAGAUUUCAUAUUUUAACAGCUUCUAAAUCACUGAGUCCUCCUCUUCUAAGUUAGGAGCAGAAUUCCCAAUGAAAUCAGUGGUGGUGCCAGCCUGCUAGACCAGACACAGUCUGUACUGGUUCCUACCAUUGUGAUGCCCAGUUUUCCUCCGUAGCCAUCUUGUUUACUUGUCACCUGUAGUAGUGCACAGUACUGUGAAUGAAAGUGAAAAUGGGCAGAGAGAGAGCCCUGUUUUUUUCUUCCUGUUUUCCCACUCUGGACAAUCAGUGAAUAAUGGCUUUUAGGACACACUGCAGAGCAUACUUCCCUGGCACUGUACACAAACCGUGAAGAGUUUUGGUCUGGCUGUUUUUCUUGAUCCGGGAUGCAUUUUAUGUUUGCUUUUUGUAUUGGGUUUGCAUGGCCAGGUUUUUGUCGCAGAGGAGCUACAGGGGUGGCUUCUGUGAGAAGCUGCCGGAAGGUUACUCCAUGUCCAGCAGAGCAAAUGCCAGGCUGCUCCAAGACAGACCCGCCACUGGCCAAGGCUGGGCCAGUCAGAAAUGGUGGUAAUGCCUCUGUGAUAACAUGUUUAAGAAGGAAAGAAAAGUUAUUGUACAGAUGUAAUUGUGGCCAGAGAAGAGCAGAGUGAGAAUAUGUGAGAGGAACAACUAUGCAGAUACCAAGGUCAGUGGAGAGGGAGGGGGAGGAAGUGCUUCAGGUGCCAGAGGUGAGAUUCCCCUGCAGCCCAUGGUGAAGACCAUGGUGAGAACAGGCUGUGCCCCUGCAGCUCAUGGAGGACCAUGGGGAUACAGAGAUCCAUCUGCAGCCCAUGGAGGAGACCCACACCAGAGCAGAUGAAUGCCUGAGAGGGGGCUGUGAACCUGUGGGAAACUAGUGCUGGAGCAGGGUCCUGGCAGGGACCUGCAGAUCCAUGGAGAGAGGAAACCACGCUGCAGCAGAUUUGCUCGUAGGACUGUGGGGGACCCAUACUGGAGCAGACUGUGCCUGAUGGACUGCAUCCCAUGGAAAAGUGACCCACAUUGCAGCAGUUUGUGGAGAGCUGUUGCCUGUGGGAUGGUGUCACUCUGGAGAAGUUUGUGGAGAAUUAUCUCCCAUGGGAGGGACCCCACGCUGGAGCAGGGGAAGGACUCCUCUCCGUGAUCAGCAUCAGGAACAACGUGAGAUGAACUGACCAUAAUCCCUAUUCCCCAUCUCCCUGUGUCACUGUGGGGGGAGGAGGUAGAACUGGGGAAGGAGGGGCAUGUGGGGGAAAGGUGGUUUUAAGAUUUGUUUUACUUCUCAUUAUCUUGCUCUGAUUUUAUUAGUAAAAAAUCCAAUUAAUAUCCUCAAGCUAAGUCUGUUUUGCCUGUCAUGUUGUUUGAUGAGUGGUCUGUCCCUGUCCUUAUCUUAACUCAUGAACCUCUGUUAUAUUUUCUCUCCCCUAUCCAGCUGAGAAGCAGAGUGAUAGAGAGGCUUUGGUGGGUGCCUGACAUCCAACCAGGGUAUUGAGGAAGAAUUUACUGAAGGUUAUUCACGUGCUGCAAGCAUUGGUGAAUCCGUUGCUGUUGGGAGUUCUCUUAUGAAUGAUGAUGCUUCACAAAAACUAGCAGAUUUGGAAAAUGAACCUGCUGAUGACUUGACUUUGUCAUUUCAUGAAGAGCAGCUUCAGAAAAUAAUGGUUUUAGAAGGUGAUAACAUAUCGGAUGACAGAAAAGGUGGUAAAGAAGAAUGUUUGGAAGGUCAAAAUGAGGGUAAUGACAGAAAAAAUAAUGAAGCACUUUCAGCUGCUGAAGAAGUACCGUGUGAUAAUAAUGAAAGUGAUGACUUGCUUAUUCAUGAACGACAUAAAAAAAGAAAUCAAGAGGAAAAGCAACCAACAGUAAAGCCACGGCUGCACAAACAAAGAAAUGCUUCAUCAUCAGGUGAAGAUCAGAAGACUGUCAACACCAGUGAUUUGAAACUGGAGGACAGUGGUAGAAAAUCUCCUUCUGUGAUAGAACAAAUGAUGACCACAGCCUGUGAGAAAACAAGGGAAUUGGAGAACCCAACAGCUGACAGUUCAGAUGGAACAAUGAAAAUAGCAGAAGGGCAAAUAAUAACUGGUACAAUGCAGGAGGUAUCAGUGAAUGGUCAGUCUGAACAUAGGGAGGCAAAGAAUGCAUCAAAGAGCUCUGUCAAGAAACCAAGUGAAACAAAGGAGAGAGUUCUACAAAACCCAAAUGCUUCUUUAUCUGACAGGUCUCCGUCUUCUGUGCACCUAAAGACAAAGGUGAAACCUGUUCCAUCAGCUACACCUGUUUCAUCUCAAUAUCUGGGAUCAUUAAACCUGUUGGACGAUAAAUGCAUGCAGAAGAAAAGAACAGAAUUUGAUGAAGCAGAUAGUUUAAGAGCAGCUGUUUUUCAGAAUUGGCUGGAAAAGAAAAAGCGCUUUCUAAUGGAAUUAAAGAGAACUGAAAAGGAGAAAGCUGAAAAUCUGAAGAACGAUACUGAAAAGAAAGAAGCACUUAGAAGAGAGGAAUCAAUUGCAUGUUUUGAAGCCUGGAAAAAAAAGAAAGCAAGAGAAGCAAAGAUGUUAAGUGAAAAAAAGAAGCUUGAGGAACUUGAGGAAAAAACCCCAGAAGAACAGAAUAAGGAGAAAACAGAAGCAGCACAGGCGUUCAAAAGAUGGAAAGAAAGAAAAGUGGAAUAUUUAAGAGAGCAAAGCAGAAAGGAAAAAGAGUCUGAAAGAAUCAGGAAGGAGAAAGAAGAGGAACUGAUUGCAGAGAAGAGGAGAGUCAGCAUAUCAGCAGUUGAAAAAUGGAUUGAAAAGAAAGAAGAAUAUAUAAAAAAGAAGAAAGUAGAAAAAUUCCUAGAGAGGAAAAAGCAAGAAAUGCAACGGGCAAAGAAGGAAUUAAAAAAUGAAAAGGCUAUAGAGGAAUAUGAAAGAUGGCUGGAAAACAAAGAGAGGAGAGAGGAGCUUGAGAAGAAGCAAAAGAAGUUGCGGUCUGUCCAUGGGAAUGAAAUGAGUCCUCCCUGGAGGCCACCUGGCAAAGUCACAUAUUCAGGGAAUUACUGAGAACUCUAUUGCCUUCCAGAAGAAAAGAGAGUCCACAAAGUUCUGACAAUGGCUAGUCACUAUUUCAUUAACAGUUGAUUUUCACUGGAUCCACUGUAGGUGUUACAUUCUUUCUUUUUAGUUUAUUUGAUGUCUACAGUUUAAAUAAAUCACUUGUCUCCUUCCAUUGCUUUAGAAAACGUACAAAUUUUUCUAAUUCCACAUUUGAUGUAGUUUUGCUAAAUUCUAUGCCACUUCAUACCUCUUUGGUACCUUUUUCAUGAAAGUGUAUAUUCAGGAUAAAUAAGGCUGGACUCUGGCAUUUUUUUUCACCCAAUAGGUAGCAGAAUGGUUAUUUUUAAGUUAAUAGGGCCCACUCUUGAGAAGUUAAGUCUUGAAGAAAUGCUUUGAGGAGGCAGUGGGGUGGAGAUGAUGGGCAAGGAGAUGUUGGCUCUCUUGUGAUAGUAGAAGACAAAAGGCUAAGGAGAAAGGUAGGAGGAUGUCAUUUUCAUACACGAAGAGAUAAGCUACAGAGAAAAUAAACUUAGACUAUGUUACAUUAUAAAAUAUAAAUACAGGUCCUAAAUUAAAACUGCAUCUAGCAGAAGCAGGUUUUCAUGGGGCCAAAAACAGUGAGCCACGUGAUGGCACAGAAGAAUUAAACUAGAAUCCAUAUAAUGUAAAAUUAGUAUAGGACUAAGUAGGACUGCGGUUGUUAACUCCCUUUCAGGUCUUCAUAAACAUUCCAUAGAUGUCCUGCUUCCUACACAAAAAAACAGUUUUAGAGACAUGUUCACACAAAGGCUUACAUAAGAACUGCAAGGGCAGAACAGUGGUACUCUUGUGAGGCAACCUUAGAACAGAAAAUUAUUUUUUUGGAACUUAAUUUAAAGGCUUCUGUGAUUGUUUUUACAUGAUCAAGUAAAUCCUCCCAAACACAUUUUCAUCAUUGCUAAUGAGCAGGUUGCUGUAGUAAAUUACAAUUUUUUAUUAUUAUUAUUUUUUUUGGCUAUUUGCCUCACUAUUUUGGAAGCAACGGCAAGACUAUGUGUCUUUAGAGAUCUUCACAUCUCUUGUUUGCCUGCUGUCUAAACUCAAACUGUUACUUUUGUUUGAGUUUUCUUAUUUGAACUUUAAUAAUCACUCCAGAUCAGAUAUGCUCCUCAAAUAUGUAUUCUUUAAAACAAAACCAAACCAGUAUCACCCACCAAGAAGAAAAAAAACAACCACCCUAGUCUUUAAUUUAUAGAUAUAUUUUCUCAAAUGAAAAUCUUGUUCCUGUUUAGACUGGCAGCCUCCUUGGAAAGUAAAAGGAGCAUUUGAGAAGUAGAGUUGUCUUUUUCACUAGAGUUGUGUCCUGUUUGUAAAUCUCUGAGAUAGUCCUUAAGUGUACAUUUCAUGUAAUACUAAGGCAUCUCCUCAGAAAAGAAAAGACCGAGAGAAAAGACUGACAAACAGAUUUUUUUCUUAGUGAUGUUUCUUGCUUGUUUGUUAUUUUUUUGAUGCUUUUGUGAGACUCAGGUUUGUGCCAAGAGUCAUCACUCAGACACUGAACUUCUGAGUAGGGCAGUGUUCUUGCAGGUUGAUGCUAAGCUCACCUUCUGUCAUUUGGGAAGAGGAAGACACUGGUCAAAGGGGAGAGAGGGCAGGAGAGAGGCUGGAGCUUUCAUAAGCAACCCAAACUCUGCAGUCAACUCUUGCCAAGCUCCUGGAGUCUGGCUGUGUUCCAAGGCCCUUGGUGUUUUUUUUUUUCAGGUGGACUCUGUAGUAGUACCCAUGCUGAGUUUCCUGUACUGCAGUGUUGCAGUGCAUGGCAUUACAGAAGUUCCCAGCUAAGGGAUUCUGCACAUUAGUUAUUUGUAGAGAUCAAUGAAUCCAGAUUUUUAUCUGGUAUAAGCCAGAUAUUGCAGAUAAGCAAAUAUCUGGUUUUCAUAACCUCCAGGUCUGGCUCUGGCUACUCCAUCAUGGCAAGCCAGUCACUUUUUCCAGCAGUAGUGGCAUCAGAUCAGCAGUAUUGGCCUUCAAAGGGAAAAAAUCCACUGCCCACAGAAACUUUUAAGAAGCUGAAAAAAUGCCCAGCCAGAGCAGUUUCACUGGUCAGCCUAAGAGGUAGGGAAAAAUUACAGAUAGCAGCAGGAGAGGUAGUGGGAUUGCAGCACAGGCAGAAUGCAACAGACUGCCAACUCAAAAGUUACCCACCCAGAUUUUAUGAGAAAAAUAUUGAAUGAAUUCAGGUCUUUAGACUGGAGCUGUGGUGUGCAUCAUUGGUCCUCUAGGCUUCUAGCUCUUGGAGCCUUGAAUUCAGGUUUAGUUUGUUAAGAAACUCCAGCUGUGGUAUCAUGGAUGGAUGAAAUGUGUAGCAGGCAGUAGAGUUUGCUGUCCAACAGAUCUGGGAAGUGAGACAAGGAAUGCAGUCUGUGACAAGCGAACCAUCUGGAUCUUUAUUUUCGCAGUGUCCAGCUGGAGGAAGUAAGGCAGGAAGUACAGGCCUGUACUUGAGAAGAUACAAGUGAAAACUGUGGCAGAAUUAGUGGCAGAGAUUAAAAAAAGUUUGUUGGGUGCCUGUGCCUGAGCUGAAUACUGCAUUCUUACUGGCUUUAAGCCUUUAGUUGACUGGGUGGAAGGUUUUUGACAGAAAGUAGAAGUGAGAAGAUGUUAGUGACACCUUUCAGAGGAGUGAGGAGGCACUCACGUAAAUUCACAACUUCUGAGUUAGAAAAAGAUGCUGAAGAUCUGUAGACGGGGGAAAACAGCUGAUGUGUUUAACUUUUACAGUAAAAUUUUUGGAGCUUUGUCUAAUUUUACAUUGUAAAAACUUGGACAUGUUACAUCAUGAUGCAAAUGUCAGAAAAAAUAGGGCUGAGAAAUACAAACAUAUGUGCAUUAAUUUAUAAAAAUGUACAUAUAUCUGUAUAAAUCCUGUCUAUAUGUUUUUUGAUGUCAGAGGGAAAAUAUUUUGUAUUUAAUAAAGUAUAUUUUAUUAUAAUAGCCUUAAUGUUUUUAACAAAUCCUAGGAUACAAAUCUUUAUUUAAAACUUUAAUACAUGGAAGGGAACUGGGCAGUGUCCCUAAGCACAAGCUAUUCUUUCAUCACUGUUAAUAUGACAAGUACAUAGGGAACUUCAGUAUCCCACUGAACUCAGAGCUUCUACAGCACUCCAGCUGUCUCCUCCACCUCCCUGAUGCUCUUGCUUGCUGCCACAGAAUGCAAACAUUCAUUUAAAGAACGUAGCUUCCAAGUCAUAACUGGGAAGAUGAUCAGUACCUCUCUUUUUUUUUUCCGAAUUAAUUCAUUCAGGCGUUAAGUUGCUAUAUUCGCUGCACUAAAGGGGCAGGCCGAUGAUACAAAAUUUUUAGGUCUCUCAUUCUGGGUAAGAAAAAUUAUAUGCUGUUCUCUGUUGUAUUUUUUUUCUUUCAGAUUCACAAAAUAUCACCUUAUCUGGCCUGUAUGCCAUGGACUGCUAUGUUUCGUUUGGUUCACUCUGUGUUCAACUGAGUUACUUGACUCACUAACAGAGAUAAAACUCUUUUGGGCUGUGAACACUGAUGGCAGCCUUGGUUGCACAUUAAAACUUGGACUUGC